ACAAAUGUGCCUGGUUGAAAACAAGUCUUGUUACCUUCCUAUCCUGAAUCUGUUACAUAGUUGCUACUUAUUGCUUAAAACAAAAUGACUCAAAAGUAUGAUUUGCUUAACCAAGGAGAGUAUAAUGAAAUGGAUAUAUUUGGAUACAAAACAGAAAGAUGGAGACAGAUCUUGUGCAUUUUUGGAUACAUUUUUUCCCUUGGAAUACUUCGCCUCCUUUUUUAUUGGAAGCCAGAGGUGGAAGUAUGGUGUCUCUGUGCCCCUUGCAGCUUGGAUGAUGCAGAUGUUAUAUUGCUCAGGACCACAGGUGAACUUAAACAGUGCUUUAAAAAGAAUAUAUCAGUGAUUCAUCCCUGUGUGAAGUCCAGAAAGCAAGGUUAUCACAACAUCACCGACCAAAACUCUAUUUUAGACAAUUCUAUAAGACCAAAUGGCCCUGUACGUUUCAUAACUGUACAAAAAAAUCGUUAUAUUUGGGACAGCUCUGAAAGCAUGUUUAAGAAAGUUGGGAUUCUGGAUGACAGCCUCUCAUGCGCAGAUGUACACACAAAAUUUGGAUUAGGUUUAACAGAGGAAGAGCAGGAAAUCAGAAAACAGAUCUGUGGAUUGAACAAAAUUGAAGUGGAAAUUAUUCCAAUUUGGAAAUUAUUCCUUAAAGAGGUUUUCAAUCCAUUUUAUGUCUUUCAAUCAUAUUCAAUGAGUAUUUGGCUAGCUACAGGCUAUCUUGAAUAUACCAUGGCAAUACUAACCAUGACUGUUAUGUCUAUUAUUGCAACGAUAUAUAAUUUGAGAGUGCAAUCAGUCAAAUUACACAAAAUGGCGGCAUCCUACAACAGUGUCAUGGUUACCCUGCUUCAAAAAAAUGGAGAAAUUAAAGAAGUGGAAUCUCAGUCUUUGGUCCCAGGAGAUGUGAUCAUAUUAGCUAAAAACAAACUAUUCUUACCCUGUGAUGCAAUACUAAUUAGUGGUGGGUGCACUGUCAAUGAAGGCAUGCUAACAGGGGAAAGUAUUCCUGUGACAAAGACUCCACUGCCUUACAUAGACAACUCUAUUUCAUGGAAAAAAUAUAGUGGUGAUGACUAUAAAAGGCACAUCUUAUUCUGUGGAACCCAAGUUAUCCAGACAAAGCCACAUGGCCGGGAUCUAGUUAAAGCUGUUGUGUUACAGACUGGAUUCAAUACUGCAAAAGGCGACCUUGUGAGAGCUAUAUUAUAUAACAAGCCUAUAAAUAUUAAACUGCACAAGCAAGCCAUUAGGUUUCUACUGGGGCUUGUUGUGAUUUCCAUGCUUGCAGUUGUCUACACAGCAGUUAUCUAUACAGUAAAUGGGGCACCUGUACAUGAGAUUGUGUUAAUGUCAUUACUGAUGGUCACAGCAUCGGUGAAUGCAGCUCUGCCUGCUGCUCUGACACUAGGCCUUCUGUAUGCUCAGACAAGGCUGAAGAAAAAGGGGAUUUUUUGUAUCAGCCCUCAGAGGAUAAAUGUGGCUGGCCAAUUGAAUCUUGCCUGUUUUGACAAGACAGGUACUCUUACAGAAGAUGUCUUAGAUUUAUAUGGGAUUCUUCCAUCAGAAGGCGGAUGUUUUCAGGAUAUGCAUAAUUUUUGUUCUGGAAAUCGACUUUCUUGGAACCAUGUGCUUGGGGCAAUGGCAAGUUGUCACUCACUGAUUAUAAUGGAUGGUGAAAAAUAUGGAGAUCCAUUAGAUAUAAAGAUGUUCGAAGGGACUGGAUGGGAGCUUGAAGACCCAACAAAAGGCAAUAAGAGAAAUGGAGAAUGUCUUUCAUGUUCAGUUGUUAAACCAGGAUGCAAAGCUCAGGAGGUCUCUGUUGAAGGAAUUUUGAUUCUGCAUCAAUUUCCAUUCUCUUCCACACUACAACGUAUGUCUGUUGUAACACAGGUCAUAGGAGAAGAGAGAUUCACAGUUUAUUUAAAGGGAGCUCCAGAGAUGGUCGUCCGCUUUUGCAAACCCGAAACUGUUCCCCAAAGUUUUUUAGAGACACUUGAUGUUUACACAAUGCAAGGAUUUCGAGUUAUAGGUCUAGCAUAUCGAUCAUUGGAAUUUGGACUACUUUCACAAUUAAAACACUUAAAAAGGGAAGAAGUUGAAUCAGAGCUUACAUUUCUAGGAUUCUUGAUCAUGGAAAAUCGCCUAAAGCAGGAGACAAAUGCAGUGUUGACGGAGCUUAUUAAUGCAAAUAUUAGAACUGUGAUGAUCACAGGUGACAAUCUCCAAACAGCACUGACAGUUGGAAAUAAUUGUGGGAUGAUGUCCAGUGGCAGCCAGAUUAUUUUAAUAGAAGCCAGUGAAGGCACAAAGGAUCUGCCUGUUUCGAUUACUUGGAAGACUAUUCAUGACACACAGCUAAAUGAGCAUCAGUCAAAAGAUACCCAUGUUGAUUUUGUGAACGGAUUAAUUUAUAACCCAACAAUGGAUGGAAAAUAUCACUUUGCAAUGACUGGGAAAACCUAUGAAGUCAUAUUGCAGCAUUUUUAUGACCUUCUACCCAAGAUCCUGCUGAAUGGGACAAUAUUUGCAAGAAUGACCCCACGCCAAAAAUCUAGUCUUAUCGAAGAAUUUCAAAAAUUAGACUACUAUGUUGGAAUGUGUGGAGAUGGAGCAAAUGAUUGUGGGGCACUUAAAGUUGCUCAUGCUGGGAUUUCAUUGUCAGAACUGGAAGCUUCGGUAGCAUCCCCUUUUACUUCAAAAAUCCCCAACAUUAAAUGUGUGCCCAUGCUAAUCAAGGAAGGACGGAAUGCUCUGGUUACCUCUUUCUCCAUGUUUAAAUUCUUAACGAUGUACAAUAUGAUCGUCGUGUUUUGCAUAGUGCUUCUCUUUUGGAAACAAAAACUUCUUGGCAACUUCCAGUAUCUCAUGCAAGAUUUGGCUAUCAACAUUACAAUUUCUUUAACAUUGGGUUUAACUGGCCCAGCCCCGAAAUUGGCUCCAUAUAGACCAUCAGGACAUCUUUUGUCCCCUCCUUUACUACUCUCCAUUUUUCUGCACAGCCUUUUUUCUAUUAUUGUGCAAACAAGUGUGUUCAUUAUACUUCUAUAUCAGCCAUGGUACAAUGAAACUGAUGUCUUCAGUGCUUGUCUUUCAUUGAAUCAAGAUAUAGCAAAUGUUACAACCAGAGAACCUGCAUUUGCAGAGAACUUUCUCACUGCUACAAUGUUUCCACUAACAGGAUUUAAUCUGAUCAUAGUUGGAUUUGUGUUCAGCAAAGGAAAACCAUUUAGACAACGCUUACACACUAACUACCUUCAUGCCUUAAUGUUGUUCGUGCAAGUUGUAUCCUAUAUAUUUUUGCUAUUUGCGAAUAUUGAAGAUGUUUACACUUCUAUGGAGCUUGUUUGCACACCUUAUGACUGGAGAAUUUUCAUCUUCCUUGUUGUGCUUGUACAUUUUAUUGUGUCCUAUGCUGUGGAGGAUGGAGUCAUUGAAAAUAGGAAACUCUGGUUAUGGAUAAAGAGAAGGUUAAACUACAAAUCAAAAAGCCAGUACAGAAAGCUACAAAGAAUAACAGAAACUGACCAAAACUGGCCUCCACUUAAUAGAACAGAUUAUGCCACCAGGUCUGUCUCUGCAAUGGACAACAAGACAAUUAUUUACAGUAAUGCAAUUCAUCACAUCCCAACUGGAGACAUGAAAGUACCAUUCCAGGAAGAGACUCAUGUAUAAAGUACAAUGCAAAUAAAUUAUUGUUAUUUUUGCUUUUUGCAUUUGAAGCAGUUACACUAA